AUGAUCGAGGCGGUGACUGGACUGUACGGCGACACUGACGAGCGCAGCCAAGUGCGCGUUCUGGUUCCGGGGGCAGGGCUGGGCCGGUUAGCGUUCGAAUACGCCUCGUUGGGGUAUAGCUGCCAAGGCAACGAGUUUAGCUUCUACAUGCUGUUGGCGUCGCACUUUAUCCUCAACAAGUCCACGCACGUCGGCCAGCACACCAUCUAUCCGUUUGUGCACUCGUCGAGCAACUGGCGUACGGCCGACGACAUGCUUCGAGCCAUCCGGAUCCCGGACGUGCUGCCGUCGAGGCUGCCGCCGACGAGCGAGUUUAGCAUGGUGGCGGGCGAGUUCUGCGAGGUGUAUUCGCAGCCGCACGAGGCCAAGGCGUGGCAGGUGGUUGCGACGUGCUUCUUCAUCGAUACCGCCAAGAACGUGGUGCGCUACCUCGAGACGAUCAACCAUCUGCUGCCGGUGGGCGGCCAUUGGAUCAACGCAGGCCCGCUGCUCUGGCAUUUCGAGAAUGCAUCGCGCUCCACGCCCGACCAGCUCAGCAUCGAACUCACGCUCGACGAGCUCGUCCAGCUGCUGCCCAAGAUGGGCUUUGAGCUCGAGCAGCGUCGCUCGCUUCCACCCACUCCGUACACGGGCAUGCUCAACGGCAUGCUCCAGUACCACUACUCGCCCGAGUUUUUCGUGUGUCGCAAAGUGCGCGACGUGGCAGCCGCUGCGGCAGUGUAA